AUGGCGCUGAACCCCAACCAUUUCACUGUAUACGUGGCGUUUAAUUUCGUUAUUGUAGCAUUACCGUGUUUAACUUUAGCAGCCUCUGGUAGUGGUAGCUCUGGCGUCCUAUCUCUCCUGCAGCCGUAUGAUUUUCUGUAUUACAGUGGAGUACGUGCAUAUUUUGGUGAGGAGUGGGCGAAGGCUGCAGAGCUGCUGGAGAAAUCCAUCGUGACCAAGGAAUCACUGCUCAGAGUCCGCAGACAGUGUCAUGAAGACUGCGUGUCAGCAGGGAAAGAGGCUGCUAGUAAAGUGGGUGAGUGAUUGAUCAAGUGUGAUUUAUUUUUGGGCUUGGCUGAUCUUAAAUAAAGUUAUAUUUGUGUAAGUUAACAUGGCAUUCUUCUUCAGUGACUCCCCAGUUUAGUCUGUAUGAACAAUCAAUGAAUUACAUUCACACCCAAAAAAAACAAAAGUUGGGACCCUGUCAUGCUUGCAUUUCCUAACCCCAGGUUUAUAGCUCUUUUUGGGUUUCUUUGGGACCCUUUAAAUCAAGUUAUGUUUACUAUAACCCCUCAAAUCAGUGCUAUCGAGUGUGCUGCAAUGGUCUCUCAACCAAAGUGAGCUUUUCUUCUCAGUUUGGGGUUACAGAGAUAAAAUAAUCAUUUUUUCCCCAGAAAAAUGUCAAAAUGAACUUUUUCCCCCCAUAAAGUAUACAGUUUAUCCCAUUGCUUAUCAUCUAUCUGGUUUAUCCUAAGGUGUCUUACAUAUUCUCUAUAAAAACAUUUAACCCCAGAUUCAGCAAAUACUUAUUCAGCAUUCAUGAAUUUUAAAAAAAGAGUACACACUUGUUGUUUCAGACUUUCAAAUUUAAUCGUUUAGCUUCUCCUCCUACUAGCAAUGGGUGGGCUCAGUGGUUUGCCAGAAUCCCUGCUUUGUGUGGAGUAUAAUUACCAUACAGAAAAAAAAGAUGAGUGCAGAGUCACGUACAUCUUGUCUGGUUCUUAGUAUGUAAGUGUCGGGCCAAUACAUGAAAAAUUCAUCAUCCCAAGUUGUAGAAAAACAGAAAUAUGAGCAGAGGCACUGCUUUGAAACUUGACAGCAUCUCUUAAAAUAUUGUUAUCAUGUGAAGCAGGUAGAAUUCAGAUGCAAGACCGUAUAUACUACUGCAAAUGUUUGCCAUGCAUAAGCCUUAUAUUUAAUUUAGACAUAGUUGCUUUGUAAAUGAUUGACUUUUUAUAAUGAUUCACUGAUAACCUCACUGUUUUCUCUGUUGUUAGACUCGGAAAAGGGGAGUCUUUGGGACCUCUGGGUCUUGGACUGGGUGCAGCAGAAGGCUGAAUGUUUGAGGUUCUGUAUUGGACGCUCAGUCACACCUACAGGACAGCUCCCUGUUUCUACUGACAUCGAGUAUGAAUUCGGUACUCGCAACCCUUACAACUUUCUGCAGGUCACAUACUACAAGGUAAACUAUCCUUCAAGCAGCCACAAAGUACAGCUGUUAGACUCAUGUAGUAUGUCAUAGUAUCUGUUAUUCAAGGGCAAACAGUCUUAUGUCAGUGCUGUGUUUCUCUUAUCCAAAUAAUGAUUCAAGUCACAACAGUCUUUGGCCAAUUUCAUUCUUCAUUUCCUCUUUUUACAUGUCAGCUGGAAAAACUGCAGAAAGCAGCAUCAGCAGCUCAUACCUAUUUUGUGGCAAACCCCAGUCACCUAGAGAUGAGAAACAACAUCGAGAAGUAUAGACGGAUGGAAGGGGUGACGGAGGAGGCUUUCCAGGACAGAGAGAUUGAGAAUGAAAAACACUGGGUGAGUAAAAAGGAAUCAAGUUGCAUCAAAUGUAUUUGCAUUUGCCUCUAGAAAUAGCCAAAAUUAUGUAGUUCCAUGUCCACAUCUUCUCUAGUAAUUUAGGAUAUACACAUUAAAAAGUUGAAGAAAACAUGUUCAAAUGAGUUAAUUUUUCUCAGAUAUACUAAAGGUUGAUGUUUAGAUAAUUUAUUUCAGUUAAUCAAUAUGUAAAGACUCAGAGCUUUGAAGAUUUUACUUCUAUAGAGGGUGAUCUGUUGGGUCGACAUCAAUAUCAUGGUAGGCCUAAGACAUCAAACGAUUUUAUGUGACUGCACAGGAUAAAUAAAAAGAGAAGUGAGUCUAAAAAUAGAGCCCCGGUCUGAGGAACUGAAUUUCUUUUACUCAUACUCACUCUAUCUGAACCCACAGCAUAAUCAAAACUUGAUUUACGUAAUUGAAGUCUUCUUCGUCAGCUACUUAUUUCGUCUAAUCAGGCACACUCCUCAUAACAUGAUCAGGCUUGUUCAAACUUGGCUUAUGAAGGCCUAGAAAACAGCAAGUACUCUUGCUCUUUCAUUGAAGUUCUCUAACACUGCAUUUUCUGUCUGGAAUUUGCCGCAAGAUAAACAAAACUGUUCAUUUAAUGUUCUCCUUUUCUAUCUUUUCAGGUCCUGUAUGAUUCUGCACUACAGUAUGAGGCCUCCUCUGACUGGGUAAAAGCUGUAGAGAAAUGGAAAGCAUGUGUUAAUGAAACCAUACAGCAGAUAAAAGAGUGUAGGGUGCAGUGUGAGGUGGCCCCUCAGCGGCUGCCAGAGGACAGAGGAGUGGACGGUGUUGACGGCGCGUUCGAAAAGGCUGCAGGUGAAAAAUCAAACAGAGAAUUCUGACUUUUUGGAGAAAAAAAGGAAAGAAUCUAAAGUCUCUGAUCUUUCUUUCUGUCUAGCUCUCUCCCUCUCCCUGCUCUCAUGUCGUCAGUCCUGCGUGACUCAGGUAGCCACAAGACCUGGGAGAAUCUCUGCUCAGGAGGACUUCCUGCCCUCACAGCUGGAGCAUCAGCAUAUCGCACAGUUUAAAGGUCACUUACUAAUAUCAUGACAUAUUAUUUACUUUUCUUGAUCUAAUUCCUCUUAAAAUCUCAACCCUUAAGUCCAACUUCUCCCCUUUUGUCCCCCUUUAUUCCACAGCUGGUGAUAUCAGUGGAGCAGUGCAGACACUCCGCUCUCUUCUCCUUUUCUACCCCUCUGACAAAGACUCAUUAGAUAACCUGCAGCUCUACUAUGAGACACUGGGGGGAGACACAGAGUCACCGGGCACACAGCCUGCUGAGGUACCACUUAAGAGCCAUUACCUUUAAAUAACAAAUAUAGUGGCCAGAAUCUUGGUUUCCUCUUUUCUUUAACAGCAGAUUCAAAAGUGGGGAAUAAUUGUGUUUUUUUAAAUGAUGUGUGUAUUUGUCUUACAGGAAAUAGUUACAUAUGUCAGUCACUCUUUGCAAGAGAAAAAGCUCCUGUAUUUUGGUAUGGAGAACCUUGACUUCAAUUUUAUAGACCCAGUAAGUACUGCGACAAAUUCACUUGCACUGAACCCACAAAAUAGCUCAUAAAAACUGAACGUUUGCCCUCAAUUCAGGAUCUCUGGACUCCAGAGGAUGUUGUGCCUGAAUCACUGAGGGAUAGUUGGAGGUGAGGCAGAAAGGAGAGGAAAUUGAUUCUCUGUCAUGACAUUCAAUAAUAGUUUCUGAGGAGUCAACUCAGUAUUUUUUGUUCAAUUUCAGAGCUGAAAAAGAGAAAAUGAAUGAGAAAAUGAAAGAGGGAGAGCAGCAGGAAGAAGUGGAUGACAGUGGAUUUUUUGCAGGUAAGACCCCCUUGUUUAAGUAAAGAGUUUACCAGCUUCCUCUCUUACUGUAACUUAAUUGUUAUCUUUUUAGGUGGUUCGGUCCCUCAGGUGGGCGUGACCAUCACCAUGGAUGAUGAAUUAAUGAAUGGGACCAACCGGGUCGUACUGGAUGGAGUCAUGACGGAGAAAGAGUGUGACAGGAUACUGCAGUUAGCAGUAAGUCCAGCUUCUUCAGAUUCCUGCUCUGUCACAUAGAUACCUACUGUCUUCAUGUACCACUUCACCUGGUCUUCUUUAGACUUCAGGAUCUGCCGGAGAUGGUUACCGGGGACGACGGUCUCCUCACACGCCACAUGAGACAUUUGAGGGCCUGACUGUCCUCAGAGCUCUAAAGGUGAGAGAGACUAGACAUGACAUAUGAUAUGUUAUAUGAUAUGAUGCGAUAAACUAUGGUGCGAUGAAACAUGACAAAGUGAUAUACAUAUAACAUAGUAAGAUAUGAUACUAUAUAAUACCACACAGUACAAUAUCAUAUGAUAACAUUCAACAGAAUUUGAUCCAAGAUACAAUACAAUUAAAUAUGAUAUGAUUAGCUACCAUGGUAUAAGAUACAGCAUGAUUAGAUGCCACUUGGUAUGAUAAUAUUGAUUUGAUAAAAUACAGUUUGAUAAGUAAAAUUGAAACUGUACAAUAAAAUGUAAUAGUAAGAUAAAAUGUAGAACACAACAGGAUGCACUUAAUUGUUUCUUUGGAGAAUUAAAUUUCUGGCUAAGGGAAACACAGAAUAACAUUUUUAUACCCUUUUGUGACAUUAAAUAAUUGAAAAACUCCUUGAUACUAACAAUAUUAUCAAUAAUCUAAAGAACUCAUUGAAAGAAAGAGUUGUUUUGAACCCUUCCCCUAAAAGCCAAUGAAUUAAGUAUGCAUCAUUUAAAUAAACAAGCAUCGUAUCAUCUUUCUGGUGAGUGAUGCUCUCAUGCUUUAAGUCAUAGUUUUAUUCUGUGUGUUUUGUUUUUUUUACCUCAUGUCUUUGGCAGCUGGCUCAAGAUGGCUUGGUGAACCAAUCAGAUGCUAAACUGUUACACGAAUUGGGCGAAAGAGCGAGAACCCUGCUGCACUCUUACUUCAGGAGCCCGUCAGGACUCUUCAUCUCUUUCACACACCUGGUCUGCCGCAGUGCUGUCGCAGGUAAUGCAACCAUUAUUCAAAUCUCUCUAAAAGGGGAUCAUCAUUACAUUGUGAGGGGAAUGCAAAAGAUCUGGAAAAACAACUGCAUGGCUGCACAUGCUUCCAUAUGGAUAACCUAAAUAAGUUUUUCUCAGAAAUAGUGUUUGUUUGGUUGUCUAUGGCCUUAGGUGACCAGGAGGGCAGGCUGGACCUGUCUCAUCCUGUCCAUGUUGACAACUGUCUCCUUGAGCCAGAGACUAAGCAGUGCUGGAGGGAACCACCUGCAUUCACACACAGAGACCUCAGGUACACAAAAAUAAGCAUCAGCCAGAGGAAGCAGGCAAAACACAGUCGCCAAAGUGACAGUGCCAUUGCUGUUUAAAAGAAUAUUUUAAAAAACAGACUAAAAUUAAUUCAAAGAUAAAUGUUUUUUUUGUGGCUGUAGAAGAAGAUUUGAUUUUUUUCUCCCCUCACAGUGCUGUUCUCUACCUGAACGACAACUUUGAUGGCGGAGAGUUGUUCUUCACCAACAGGGAUGCAAAGACAGUAACUGUACGUUGAUUUCAGAUCUAGUGUAAAGUUUUAUUUUAGGUAAGUUUAUAAAACAAUCUUUUGAAUCUUUUUUCCAUCGCCCUCCCCUCUCAUGUCUCUAGGCUCGAGUAAAACCUAGCUGUGGUCGAUUAGUGGGCUUCUCUUCAGGUCCGACAAACCCACACGGGGUUACCGCAGUGACCAAAGGCCGCAGAUGUGCUUUGGCUCUUUGGUUUACAAAGGAGAAGCUCUACAGGGACAUGGUGAGUAUAAUGGCGAGCACAGUCAUCUUUCUCCUCAGGCCUGACCUAAAAUUAUGAGAUUGUUGGUGUCAUGACACCUGCGUUGGAUAACAAGGCCAGCUGGGGAGUGAUGCAAAUCUGGUGGCUGUUGUCAUGUUUUGACAUUCCUCCUACUUGGUCUGUGAUUGUGUAGAUCUUCAUGGAAAGCGUAAACAAAGAUCAUUUAAUUAAUAAUUCAUUUAAUAAUUUAAUUUUAAAAAUGAUCUCUUAAAUACAAACAUUUCCUACCUGAGAGUGGCCUGUCUAACUCAGUCUGCAUCAUAUAAACAAUCUGGUCCUGUAUGAUCCAAACUGAUAGUGUCUUAUAACAGCAAAACUCCCACAGUCCCACAGUACAGGACUCCAAACAGGGUUCACUUCCAACCUGCAGCUCUUUGCCUCAUAUCAUCUCUCACACUCUCCCCCAGUUUCCUACUCUAUCCUUUGACCUAUAAUCUCUCUGAAUAAAGGCAUUUAAGACCAAAAAACCCACAAAAUUUCAUGGACAAGCUCAUGUAACAAAAAGAGUUUGACUUCUCCAGUCUUGCUCUUGGGCACCCACCACUAUAUGAGGAAGUGUUUGGAGUUAUUCAAAAGCUUUCACUCUACAAAAAUCGACAUAUUCCCCAUAUCGACUGCCAAAGAAAUUACCAGCCUCCAAAUAUUUGCCCACUAAGUACAAGGAUAUAAAUUGAAGUGACAAACCAGGAACCAAACUUUGCCUUUUGUCAUAGAGGUCACUGAGGUUGAUUUCUUUGCUUUGGUUGCCCUCUCUCAGGAGCGAGAGCAGGCGGAGGAAAUGUGGGCUGCAGGUGGACAUACUGUGGUGAAAAAGGACGAGGAGAAGGCAGAGGGCGCCGCCGCCAGGAACGCUCGGAGCCAAGCAACAAAGGAGAGAGGCAAAGGGGGGCGAGGCAGGGUGACAGGAGGCAAAGACGAGCUGUGA